AUGAAAUUAUUUCAGAGCAAACAUCGACUGAUAAUUGUUGAUUACGGUCUAGCACGUCGCUUCCGUCAUCCGAAUGGUCGCUUACGACCAUUAAGGCGAGGAUGCGGAUUUCGUGGUACCACACUGUAUGCAUCCCUGCGGGCACACGACGGAAAAGACCUUGGACCGGCUGAUGACCUCAUCAGUUUGUUCUAUUCGGCCAUAGAAAUGAUUCUUGGUGGCGUACCUUGGAAAAGAGCAAGAAGAAGCGAAGAAGUAAAAAGUGCCAAAGAAGCUAUCGUAAGAGUAUUACUGUCAUUAUUUUUUGAUAAUGCUUUUAUUGCACAAAUUUUCUAA